AUGUUAGGAGCGAAAUGUUCAGCUGGAAGCGAUACACCAAAUUCUGUAUUGUAUGAGACAACUGAAGUACAGACAGAGAGUGAUUAUGUGUCAGUGUCCACCCAAGUGAAUGUCCCCUGCUUUGAUUGUGAGAAGCGAAAAACCACUGCGCAGAACAAAAGCCUCCGGAGAUAUUUUUGGGAGCCGAUCAAGUGCCUGUUCCAGUUGUUUGCGGUGCUGUGUUUCGUUUGUGCUAUAUGCGCUUUGUAUGGCGUGACGAGACGGCGCGCUCUCUGCGAGAGGCAGCCCCUGCCCUGGCGGUGGUUGGACCCUCAAGACCUUCUGGACUUCCUGCUCAGGAUCGAGUAUGUGGCCGAAGUUCCCAUG